AUGCUGGAACUGAUGCAGGCAGAUGCCUACAUAGAUGUUUAUGAUGAUAACUGGGUAACCACAUAUCAAUAUGUGGCUGAUGCAUGCAAUCUGACCGUGGCCGACUUCAACGCCACAGCCAGCGCUUUAAAUGUGACCGGAGUAAUAUCGACGUCAAACUGUGUGUCUGGGAUCACUUACACAGCCGUGGAAGGUGAUACUUGUGACUCGAUCGCUCUGACCAAAGGUGUAUCGGCGGCCACCAUGUACUAUAUCAACUCUAAUAUUCACAAUUGCUAUUCUACGGUCCAAGAAAACGACACCUGCACCAGUAUUGCCGUGAACGCCGGCCUUCUCACGGCAAAGGUAAUCUCUUACAAUUCGCAUAUCACCUGGAACUGCAGCAAUUUGCACUCGACAGAUCCCUAUUGGGGCUCAACGCUCUGUGUGUCGACACCAGGGGGAACAUAUACGGGCCAAGCGUUGAACACCACAGCAACAUCUGAUGUGGCAGUUUCCGCGCCUGCGGGCUCAACCAUGGCCUUGAAAUCCACUACGGAUUGCGGCGAGUGGUACGCCAACGAUGGUAGCAGCAAUCUCACGUGUGCCCAGAUCUGCCUGUCACACGGGAUUGCUAUCAACCUGUUCACCGGUGCCAAUCGGUCGCUGAAUAAGACGACGUGUGAUGAUGACCUGGUGUUAGGAGAUGUCUAUUAUGUUGAUCUGUUAACAGGCUGGGAUUGGACCGUGACUACUUCAAGUAGUAGCAAUUCAACUACCAGUACAGCACCAUCAACUGCAUCGAUUGUCACCGCUCCCGGACCAACACAAACUGGCAUUACCAGCGCGUGUGCCGAAUAUUAUGUCACUAUCGACGGCGAUACAUGCCCUUCUGUUGGAACAUCAUACGAUAUCACAUCUGCUCAAUUCUACGGUGUAGGUCGAAAUCUCCCGGAGCGAUAUUUCCUAUUUAGGCAAGCUAACUCCGGUGGUCUCGUAGUGGAAUCCGGCGAUUGGAAGUGA